GCUAAGCUAUGGUUACGAGUAAUUAUGCACCUUAUAAAUCCUAGGAGUCAAACCUGCCCUACAAACACCACUAUUGAUCCCCGACACAUCCAACUUUCAUGUCAUAUAUUUACCAAAAAAAAAUACUGUCAUGUCAUAGGUCAUAGGCAUUUGGCUAUUGUCCUUUAGCUGAGGCUCCGACCGACUAACUUUUGCGUGUUUCAGAAUUUCAAUCUUUGCCGACGAAUGCAUCAUAAACUACCUAAUUGUCUUCUUCUAGGUCUCAACCUAACAGUCAAAAAGCCCAAAGCCCUCUCUAGCCCUCCGACAAAUCCAACAGUCUCUGUACCACUAACUCUGCCCUUUUUCCAUCAAAAAUCUCUUCCUUCCUCCUUAAGUAUUCUCCGUUUCAACUCAAUUUCCUUCUCUCUAUAAAUUCUCCACAACCCAGAAAACCAAGUUAAACCAAUCAAAUCGACCAGAAUUACAGAGAUGUCGAACGAGAUUUGGGUAGUGCCCUUCUUCGGGCAAGGCCAUCUCUUGCCCAGCAUGGAGCUCUGCAAACAGAUAGCCUCUAGAAAAUUCAAUACCACUCUCGUUAUUCCUUCAAAUCUCUCAUCCUCCAUACCUUCCUCUCUUCGCCAAUACCCACAUGUCCAAAUCUUUGAAAUCCCCUCUGCUCCACCACCUCCGCCACAACCCGGUUAUCACCCGCCCCACCACCACAACCCCAUAAAUACUGCCUUCGAAAACCUCCUUUCCUCCCAACCCGAAAACCAGGAUCCGGUACCUCGACCCGUUUGCGUUGUCCUGGACGUCAUGAUGGGUUGGACGGCCGACGUCUUCAAGAAAUUCAAUAUCCCAACGGUUGCGUUCUUCACCUCCGGUGCUUGCUCCGCCGCAAUGGAGUACGCUAUGUGGAAGGCCCGCCCGCUGGAUAUCAAACCGGGUGAGACCCGUUUGCUUCCUGGUCUACCCGAAGAAAUGGCCAUUAGGUAUUCCGACAUUAAACAACGGCCUCAUGGCCCACCACCACCACCGCCCCAUGGUGGUGGUGGCCCACCACCUCCGGGUGCGUACGGCCCACCACCUCCGGAUGGGCACGGCCCACCGCCUCCGGGUGGGCACGGCCCACCGCCUCCUGGUGGGCAUGGCCCGGAAAAAGGGGGCCCACCUGAACAUGGUGAUCACCCACCACCGUGGGUGGAAGAAGCGAAGGGAUCAAUCGCGAUGAUGAUCAACACCUGCGAUGAUCUGGAACGUCCAUUCAUCGAUUACAUAGCCAAUCAGAAGGGAGUACCGGUAUUAGGUGUGGGUCCUCUUUUGCCCGAACAGUACUGGAAAUCAGCCGGUUCGAUCCUCCACGACCGUGAAUUCCGAACGAAUCGACGAUCAAACGUCACCGAAGAUGAAGUAAUCCAAUGGCUAGAUUCGAAGCCACGUGGUUCUGUGCUAUACAUUGCAUUCGGCACUGAGGUGGGUCCAACCACAGAGGAAUACGAACAAUUAGCUGGUGCAUUGGAGGCCUCGACCCAACCAUUCAUAUGGGUGAUCCAACCCGGUUCAGGCAGACCGGGUCCACCACCGUUACCGGAUCAACCAGGUGCGGACAAAGACAGAGAAGGCUAUUAUCCUCACGGCUUGGAGAGCCGUGUGGGCGACAGGGGUUUGAUCAUACGCGGAUGGGCUCCACAGUUGCUGAUACUGAGCCAUCCAUCGACGGGUGGAUUUCUAUCGCACUGUGGAUGGAAUUCAACGGUGGAAGCCAUUGGACGUGGGGUCCCAUUCUUGGCGUGGCCCAUUAGAGGUGAUCAGCACUAUGAUGCGAAGCUGGUGGUGAAGUAUUUGAAAGUUGGGUACAUGGUUUCAGAGGAUUUAUCAGAGAAGAUUCAGAAAGACGAAAUUAUUAAAGGGAUUGAGAAAUUGAUGGCCGAUCAGGAUGUGAAACGACGUGCCAUUGAGCUCCGUGCCGUAUUUGAGCAUGGUUUCCCAUCGGCUUCUAUGGCCGCUUUGGAUGCUUUUAGAGACCUGCUCUAUCAAAUUCAAAAGUCUGUUUGACUUUUAAGUAUUUGUUAUCACUGUAUUUUUCUUGUUUUUUUAUUUGUCGUACUUUGGGUUUAGAAAUAUUUAUCUAAUAAUACAUUUAGAAAAAGGAGUUUACAAA